GUCUCCAGUAUGCACGUACGUCUUUGACAUUACGAAGAAAAUAAACAAAUUUCUCUGUAGUUUUCCUACGCUAAAACCAAAAUUUAAAGUUUUUAUCAAUCAAUUUGAAGUUGUGUCAUUGAUGAAAAACCUUAUGCGUGGAAUUGCGAACAAAUCCGUACCAUCGAUAGCCGCUUCAACGACAACUUCGGAUAUUUUCAUUAAUGUUUUCGGUGAACUCCCAUCCGUUCAAAAGACAUCGCUCAUUGAUUUUAAGCAUUUAACAUUCGAACAUCAAAUAAAUGAGCUCCGAUCAUGGCUCGACACAAAACUGGCCAUACUGCAAGAAAAUUCAGCCAAAUCGUCGACAGGUAACGUCGAAUCAUUCCGUGACGGGUUCAUUGGCACUGAAACGGUCGUGUUUGAUGUUUGGGAUGAUGACCUGAAAGCCGGGGUCAAUGUCAGCAACAAUGGACUACUCAUUCAAUCGCAAAGUCCAUUUCCCACUGUCAAGGCGAAUUGCUGUGUGUACCGUGGAAAAUGGAUGUAUGAGGUGCAGCUAAGAUCCAAGGGAAUAAUGCAAAUUGGAUGGUGUUCGGCUAAAUGUAAAUUCACCGACGACACGGGCAUUGGUGAUACACCAAACAGUUAUGGCUUGGAUGGUAGUAAGCAACGGCUGUGGAAUGUAAAGACGAAGAAAUUUGGCCCAUUUUGGCGCAGCGGUGACGUCUACGGAGUUUGUAUCGACAUGGACAACGGCAAAAUCGAAUACUAUCGAAACGGAGUUGCACUGGGAGAGGCUUUCUCAAACAUUGAACGUGGACCGGGCGUGGCAUUAUUCCCUGCAGUUUCGCUUGCCGUCAACGAAACCAUCGUUGCAAAUUUCGGUGGUUCGCCAUUCCGGCAUCCAGUUCCUGGAUACAAUCCGCUACAAGAGAAACCGGAUGCAUUCCUUGCUCAAGCCGAAUUUCUGCUACAAAAUUUAGUUAAUUUAAGUCGGUUGAUGUCGUCGACGAGAAGGACAUCACAGCCGAAGAACGACCUGAAACAACCGUCAAACACUGCCGUUUAUAUGAUCAUAGCCAAUUUAUUGAUUGAAAAAAUAGCGCCAAUGCUGUUGAACAGUUACGUGAUGGAAGAGAAGGUGUUGAGUUAUGUGCAGAGCAUGUGUGUCUUGAGAAGCGACACCGACACAAAUAGUGUAAUUUACCCCGGGCAGCCAAACAGCACACUGUCCACAUUUCUCACGCUGCUGUGGACAUAUUUGAACGACUCGGCGAAGCAAUUUAUUCUGAAAUUCGUGGACUUCCUGUCGAGUCUGUAUCGUGAAACUCCGGCCGAUUUGGAAUAUGCCAAGCAACGGAAAGUUAUUGUCAUUCUACGGUGUCUCUGCAAUCAUGCACGAACGAGAAAGUUUUUACUCGAAUUUAAACUGUUUAAGAGAAACUGCCUACCAGUGUUCCUAUACAUAAAACCACCAGACGAAGCGACUCUCGGCGAACUUCUACCGAACGAAAUGAUCUGGACGGAAGGAUUGGGCGGAUCGAAGGAAGCGUACCUGAACGCCAGCGACAAACUGAUACAGUCCACUGACGGACUGUAUGUACUGCAAAAGAGCCUCAUGGAAACACUGCUCCAAAACGAUGACAAUGAGGGCAACGAAUCUGCGUCUAGUCGUAAGAUAUUCGUGGAAAAGUUUAAAAAAUAUGUCAAAGAAAACAGUUUGGAGCAGCAGACAAUUUACCUCCUUCAGGGUCACUAUGUUGUGCCAACCCAGCCAGCUGUUGCAUUAUCCUUUCUAUGCAUAUUGCUAGAUGUUUCGCGUAAUUUGUUCGGUGAAGAAGUGGCUAACCAGAGCCAUUGCAUUGUGCCACGGUAUUUCUUCGACGGAACGCUGAGAUAUGCGCACAUGGAUCGAGUGGGUGGAAAUUUGUCGUAUCUGCGAAAUGUUUACAAAAAGGAACUGAUUGAAGCGCUGGGUGGUGAUAGUGGUCAUUCGGCUUUGGUAGAUGAGCCACAGGAUCGGGGAAAUCAUUCCGAUAUGAGUAUCUAUUCCGCUAUGUUCCUCAUAACAGGAUCGUCGUCUAGCAAUGAAUUUAUGUUUGUCGAUCAACCCAACAGUAGCAAUAUACGACAACCUGUCCAGGCAACAGAAACCUCCAUAACCGCUGGCACCUUAGACGCACAUCAAUCGAUUAGUGAAAUUUUAGACAGCUGUGUCAUAUAUUACUAUGCUGUCGCGCACAAGUACAUAACAAUGAUCGCCGAUUUGCGAGAAAAUAUUUCGGUUUUAUCAGACGUCCUAACUGCCACAAAGUCGUCGUUAGAAGAUAUCAAGUCUUCGAUCGAACGAUUCCACUUACCGGUAGACUCGAACGAAGAAGAUGAACCGGAUGAAUCAAUGGAUAAUAUCAUCAAAGAUUUGUAUGAACGCUUUGGCAAUCGCAAUAACGUCUUUGCGAAAACAUCCAUGGAAUUGGCACGGAAACAAAUCUGGUACCGAUCGGUAGCGUUGGGAUCGCGACGUCGUGAAUUGUUGUCUUGGAUGUUGCAUUCCAUUUUUCAAACACUGAAUGAAGCAUCGGCGCUAGGGGGACUCUUUACUUUUGUACCUGAAAUUUACGUGAACAUUCUACCCAUCUUGCUGGACACGGUCAUGGACUUCAGUUUUCAUGACAUUUCCGACCAAUACGAUCAGACAGACAACCAACAUAUUUUGGAAUUGGGAUCAUCAUUCCUCACCAAACAUUCCGGUGACGAUCGUAUCGUUCUAGCUACCUGCAAAGAUGCCAUUCUACAAGCAAUCGGAACGCUGAUCUGUCAUAAAGCCGGCAUGACAACGCUGGAAAAAACCGAUGUCGAAAAUCAAAUUUGUUUCGUCAAAUCAUUACUGCGGCCGUACGAGGAACGAGCAUGGGGUCAAAGCAAUUGGGUGCUGACGCGUUUUUGGCUGGGCAACGGAUUUGCAUUUCGGGAUGCUAGACCGCCGUCGUUGUGGCAAGGUGGCAAACAACGCAGUCCAAUGGGAUUGAUACGGAGUCGAGGUAAAAGUGGUUUACACACUGGACUUUUACAUCACAUCGCUCCUGCGUAUCCGUCUGAGUAUUUUCAUCAAGUCAUUAAGAAUGUAUUGACUAAGGACGAGGAAUUAUGUUCCGUGUUCAUGAACUCAGUUUUAACACAACUCAACUGGGCAUUUACGGAAUUCAUUUUGUUCGUUCAAGAGAUACAGAAAACUGCUCGAGAACAUCGUGUAGAAAUCGAACCGCGCCAGUUGAAAGUCUGUUCCAUGUGUUUCGAAUUGACCGUUUCGUUGAUGCGAUCGCUGGAAAUGAUAAUCACUGUUGCACCGGACAUAUUCAAAGACCCUACUCACCCGAACAGUGAACUGUUGACGAUCCGUGUGGUACAGAUUAUCAAUCAACUACUGUCCCGUGUAACAGUUCCACCAGGCAGUUUUCAGUAUGUCGUCGAUCUGUGUUUGCCGGAUCUAUCGGCCGUGACACACUUUUCCAUUAUAACUGCCGCGUUGGGUAUACUAAUGGCUUUGCUCAGCGAUGAACUAAUGGACGACGAUAACUUACGUGUUCCGCCGAUAUCAAAAAUUAUUUUGAACGACGAAAGCUUUCAAAUUGCCAGCUUGGAAUAUGCGCUAGGCACUGUCCGGACACCGAUACAACGAUCCGAUAAAAUACCCAGAGGCAAUUUCGAUCCGAAGACUAGAGACAAUAUCGAUCCGCUGACGAAUGAAGUGAAACUGGCAACGAAUGCGAAAAGUGAAUAUGAGGUGCCGAUUAUCAAAUUCAAUUUGAACGACUACAUGACGCAUGUAACGGAAACAGAGAUUCAGAGCAUUCAAACGACGAUCAAUUUGUUGUCGAAGCGCCAGUCAAUAAUGUCUCACACUACCGUACCAUCCGAGGACUCAAUCUGCCCGAUUUGUUAUGCAAAGGCGGUAUCGUGCGUAUUUUAUCCAUGCAAACAUCAGUCUUGCAGCAACUGCAUCUUACAACAUCUGAUGAACAACACAUUUUGCUUUUACUGCAAAACGUUGAUCAGUAAAGUGAAAGACUUUCCUGGAGCCAUCAUCUAUGAAAGUAAAAAUCAGGACGCUACCACAUCGUCAAUUUAAUGGAAUUUAGAGUAAAUCAAAGCUUUGUUAUUGAUCUCAAUUUAUUGUGAUAAUGAUUUUUUGAAUCUUUUAUUUAAAUAAAUUCUCAAUU